GACUGCUCUGCAAGGAAGAGCGGAGGCGACGUUCCUCCGCUAGUUCGGCCUCGACGCCAUCCAACGCUGCUUUUGUCAUGCCAGACUAAAGCGUUUCGGUCACCUCGCCUGUGUCUCCGAAGCAAUCACUGGUGGCUUACCUCUUCCUGUAUCGCCCCGAGCUCCACGUCUUUGCUACGCAACGCAGCCCUGGUGCUUGUCAGAUCACUUCUUGUCUCAUGAAGUACCGUUUCCGUCUCGUCAAUCUGUUUUGCUCAAGAUCUUCAGUGGUCUUGCUCGCUGCGUCCUCACCUGGGUCAGAGCUCAACGGAAGCGAGAGCACGGAGCUCGUUGGGCUGCUUGUGAGACUCGCCACCGGCAGUGCUGGUGUCGGCGUCGCACUUGCAACACUCGCAGACGCCUCAGCGGGUUGGGCUUUGAGUAGGCUCACAACGCUCGUACUAAACCGCGUGAGCGGCGAGGGCCGGAGGGUCGGUUUUUUGGAAAGUGAACCGGGGCGAUUGGCGAGCAUGACAAUCUGUGGAUAAUCGGAAAGGUGGGGAGGAGCUGGGUUGUGGAUGAAAUGCGAGGUGGGUCUGUGCGGAACCGUCAAACCUAUAUGUAUGGUGCGUUGG